AUGGCUGUUCCUUCCUUCCCUUCCUCCUUUCUCUUCAUAUUCUUCUUAUUAUGUACUCUCCUUUCUUCUACUGUAGUUUCAGUAGAGGAGGAGGAACCGGGGAGCUUCAUCGUUUUCAUGUCCAAAUCUAAGAAACCCCAGGCUUUCUCCACCCAUCAUCACUGGUAUUCAUCCAUCAUUCGUUCACUUUCCCCUCUCUCUAGCCACUCAUCAUCUGAGCUCGUGUACACCUAUGACCGUGUUGCCCAUGGUUUUUCUGCACGACUCACGCCCUCCCAAGCGUCUGAACUUCGAAACGUUCCAGGCGUGAUCUCUGUCCUUCCGGAUCACAUCCACCAGCUCCAGACCACUAGGGCCCCUCAAUUCUCAGGCUUAACUGACUCAUCUGGUCUCUGGCCAAACUCUGAUUACGGAGCUGAUAUUAUAAUAGGUGUUGUGGACACUGGAAUCUGGCCAGAAAGGCGUAGCUUCUCCGGCCAGGGUCUAUCUCCCAGGCCUAGCAGUUGGCUGACCAAGUGCCAGGUGGGUCCAGAUUUUCCGGCGACUUCGUGUAAUAAUAAAAUCAUCGGUGCCCGUGUUUUUUACCAAGGCAACGUAGCUGCUACUGGAAAGGCAUUAAAUCAAUCAUCGUUAUCACCCAGAGAUAUGGACGGGCAUGGCACACAUGUUGCCUCUAUUGCAGCCGGAUCUAUUGUUCAAAACGCUAACCUUUUCGGAUACGCACAGGGUGAAGCCAGAGGCACGGCGGUAAAAGCCAAAAUAGCGGUUUACAAAGUUUGCCUUGGCCCAGGCUGUACCGAUUCGGACAUUCUUGCUGCAAUAGAUCAAGCUGUUAAGGACGGUGUGGACGUGCUUUCCCUUUCGAUUGGUGGUGUGGCUAGGCCGUACCAUGAGGACCCCAUUGCAAUUGGAGCUUUUGGUGCUGUGGAGCAUGGUGUGAUCGUCUCCUGCGCCGCUAGAAAUGAUGGUCCCAAUCGAUAUACAGCUACUAACCUCGCGCCAUGGAUGUUGACGGUGGGUGCUUCCACUAUUGAUAGGGAAUUCCCGGCUGUUGUGACACUAGGGAAUCGCCGGAGCUUCACUGGCACUUCCUUGUACUCCGGCGUACCGCCAAGCUCAAACCCAGUUCCAGUUGUCUACGGUGGUCAGGCCAACAGCCUUUACUGUCUUUCCGGACAACUUGAUGCUUCAAAAGUCAUUAGCAAGAUCGUGUUUUGUGAGCCAGGUGGUAAUAAUUCCGUUGUUAGUAAAGGACUUGCUGUAUUGGGGGCUGGUGGCUAUGGAAUGAUCAUUCCUAACCCACUUCCCUAUGGCUUCCAGCUUCAGGCCAACGCUGAUUUGGUUCCCACCUCACUCGUUACCGUAGCGGACGGAGACAUAAUCCGGGAAUAUGUAAGGUCGACUCCAUUGGCAACUGCUAAAAUUGAAUUCAAAAGAACAGUAAUCGGAAAUUCUCCGUCUGCACCGCGGGUGGCAGCUUUCUCAAGCCGGGGACCCAAUUCCUUGACUCCUGAAAUUCUCAAACCAGAUGUGAUUGCACCCGGAGUUAACAUUCUAGCCGCCUGGACUGACGCUAAAGGCCCCUCCGCCGGUGAUUAUAGAAGAACGGAAUUCAAUAUUAUAUCCGGCACCUCCAUGGCAUGUCCUCAUGUCAGUGGAUUGGCCGCCAUGCUUCAAAAGCUCUAUCCACUAUGGAACCCAGGUGCCAUCAAGUCUGCACUCAUGACAACAGCCGUCACUCAGGAUAAUUCCGGGAAUAGUCUCAUAGAUCUUUCCACUGGACAACCAUCCGUGCCCUAUUUCCAUGGAUCUGGACACGUUAAUCCAACCAGGGCAGUAGAUCCGGGUCUGGUCUAUGAUACCGGAAUUGAUGAUUAUGUGGAUUUCUUAUGUACAAUUGGGUAUACUAGCCAGCAAAUUGCGUUGUUCGUGCGGGAUGGUCCUCAGGUGGAUUGCAGCAGGCGAAAUUUGGGUAAUCCCGGCUCUCUAAAUUACCCUUCAUUUUCUGUUCUUUUCAAAAAUAAUCUCCGGACCGUAAAGUACAAGAGAACCGUUAAAAAUGUGGGAAGGGUAAAAAAUGUUGUUUAUACAGCACAAUGGAAUAUUUCUCCCCCAAACCUUGUGACUGUGAAUGUGUCGCCAAAUAGGCUGCAGUUUACUGAGAGAAACGAUAUAUUAUCUUAUGAGGUGACUUUUACAAGCGUUACACCAUUUGCUCUGGAGGUAUACGGGUCAUUAGUCUGGAGUGAUGGGACACACUCCGUUAGUAGUCCAAUAGUUGUGUUGUGGCAAAGGGCGGCUUUGAAGUCUGAACUCUGAACUCUAAAUGCAUGUAUGCAUGAAUGGCCUAGUUUGUUCCUAUGUAGCCCAUGCAAUAAAAUAAAUUACUCUCUAUAUAUUAU